UAUUCCACAGCAAAUUAGAAAACAUUCUCCAAUAUUUUAUUUGGUAUAAUAAAUAGAUAGCUUUGAAGUCCAGAUAGUUAUCUUUAAAUACAAUUCAAAACUCUUUCUUACCUGAGGUAGAAAUGUCAAAUACUUCUAGAAAAAUCUAAAGAGAAGGUAGAUUCAGUCAUUUUCCUUUCUGAAUCUCAUUCAAAUACCCACCUCUAGCUAGCCCUAAAGAGUUAAGCCUGCAGCUGCCGAUGAUGUCUGCAGUUUCUUUUUACCUGUGUCAUUCCCACAUGAAUAACUGAGCAGAUCUAUUGUUUAAGCACUGAGGAGGCAGUACUCAAUGAGGCAAUAUCCUGUUUGAAUAAUUUAAACUGUAGAAUAAGAGCCACACAGUGAAUUUGGCAAACCCUGUCUUUACUUUAACUUCACCCAGUCAUAUUCAUUUCCUGUAACUAUCAAGGCCUCAGUUAAGGAGUUCUCCGUUUUUUAAGUCACAGUAGAAAGAAAUAAUCAUUUUUUUAAAGAGCUAAAUAUAUCGUGCCUUGUUAGUCAAAUGUUUUAAACGCCCUGGCCAAAAUUUCCUCUUCCAGAAAGACUUGUUGAACGGGUUCUCUUUUUCUUUUUUUUUUCCCUUCAUCUUCUCUUGGGUUGGGGAAAGAAGCUGUCACUUCUCCUCCGCCCUCCCCUUCCCUUGCUUGCUUGAACACUGAAUUCAGCCAAUAGCACCAAUGAAAACUUGUCCUAGUUAAAGACAGACUUGACCUCAGUUGGAAGCAUACAAUUCUAAGGGAGGGUUGCGUGACCGUGAGGAAGGGACUGGGGUAGAAAAGUUGCAGCUCAUUUAGUUGAAUUGUAGUGUAGGGUUAGGGGAAAGAGAAAAAAAAAGAGAGAGAGAGAGAAGUGGAGCCCGAGGCACCCGCAGUGCUGCCCAGAGAAGGGCCUAAUGACCGAACUACAGCAAGAUUUGGAAGAUCUAAAACCAGCAAAAGUUCUCAGCAAGAAGGAGAGCAAAGCUGGCUUGUUCUAUUCAGAGGCUGAAAAUGGUGUGGAAGAGAAAAAGAGGGUUGGUAAAUCAUCAGCACUACCGACACCAACAUCUUCUGAGAUAGAAACGUUGGACCAGAAAAAAAUCACUUGCUUAAGGUCAAAAACCAGUAGUGAUGGUCUCUCCUUAGUGAGUGACAGUAGGAGUGAAUCUAAAACAGACAACAAAAAUGACUCCAAAGCUGAAAGAAAAAAGUCAUACUCUACAAGUCAGUAUAAGGCAAAUAUGCACUUCCACAAGUUAUUUCUGCAAGUCCCAAGUGGAGAACCAUUGAGACAAAGUUUUACUUGUGCUCUGCAGAAGGAAAUACUAUACCAAGGAAAACUCUUUAUAUCAGAAAACUGGAUUUGUUUCCAUUCCAAAGUUUUUGGCAAAGACAUCAAGAUCUGUAUUCCAGCUCUCUCAGUAUCUCUAAUAAAGAAAACCAAAACUGCCCUGUUGGUGCCAAAUGCUCUGAUUAUUUCAACAGUCACAGAAAAAUACAUAUUUGUUUCCUUACUUUCCCGAGACACAACCUACAAGUUAAUAAAAUCAGUUUGCAGACACCUAGAAAAUACAAGUGUGGGCAACAGUCCCAAUCCUUCAUCUCCUGAAAAUAGUUUCCGAGCUGAUCGGCCUUCAUCUUUACCUCUGGAUUUCAAUGAUGAGUUCUCAGAUUUAGAUGGAGUGGUUCAGCAAAGAAGGCAAGCAAUGAAUGAAUAUAGCAGCUCUGGAUCUCAGACUCCUGAAUCUGAAAAUUCUCAAGAUUUUCAUGUGAUGGAGUCUCAGACAGUUCUGAAAGUCAUUAAGGGAGAAACAAAAUCAAUUCAUACAGAAUCUCUUGUGAAUUGUGUGCCUAAAGGAAAAGUCAAGAGUCUUCCAGGAUACAGACAGUCCAGAGCCUUUGGAUUGUUCCAUAAAUUGAGGUUCCAGAAAUGCCUGACACUUCGCCACAUUCUCAUUUUCUAUGCAAUUGUUGUCUGUACACUUGUCUUUUCUACCUUCUACAUGAGACACAGAAUCAACACUCUGGAAGAAAGACUUAGAUCAAUUACCUCUGUGGUUGGUUCUCAUAAUGAACAAAAAUCAUCACAUUCCUUGGGAUCACAAUUAGAAGUCAACGUUGAAGCCCUCUGUGCAGAGUUAACUGCCAAUAUAAUAAAACUAGAAAAGAUACAAAGCAACUUACAAAGGCUUCUGGAGACUGGUGAUUGACUUACCCGAUUGCUUGGGGCCAACUUCAUACUACAUUUUUAAGAAGCAACUCUCCUACCUGUGAAGGGCACUCUGCUGGACAGAGAUACUUAUUCAUUGGAAUCCAAAGCCUCUUUUGCACUUUAUGGUUUUUGACUUAGGAAAGUGGGAAGUGAAUUGACUGCUGUGCAAUAAAUGUUAGCAUUGGCUCUGAGGGUGUUUUCAUUGCUGGUUCAUGGAGAGAAUGUAUCUCAUCUCUGGGAAUUUCAAAGGAGAUUGUUGCCUACAAUUAUGCCUUUGGGUUUGGAUAACUGAAGUCCAGCAGUGAUUGUAACAUCAGCAAACAUGCUCCACUCUGUUUUAUUUCUUUCUUUCUACAUUUUCUUUAUCCCAUCACAUUCCUCACCUUUAGCCUUAAAAAUAAGGAAUAUGUUUAGAGCUGUCCAAAAAUAAAAGGGACUGCUUCACACACACACACACAAAAAAUGUAAUUCCCUAUGACUGGAGGUUCAAAGACAGACUGAAUCCAUGCUUUGAAUAGGAUUUGGAACUUCUGAAGUUCCUUCCAUUGCUAGGAUCCAAUGAUUCUUUUUAUUUAUUUUUUUAACCCUUAACCUUCCAUCUUAGAAUCAAUACUAAGUAUUGGUUCUAAGGUAAAAGUGUGGUAAAUGCUAGGCAAUGAGGGUUAGGUGACUUGCCCAGGAUCACAAACAGCUAGGAAGUAUCUAAGAACAGAUCUAUAUGAUUCUUUUAAAGUUUUUAAAGGUGCCCUAAAGAAUUAACUAAAGGGUGUGUGUGUGUGUGUGUGUGUGUAAACCCUAAUUGUAAGUGAUUCUUAACACCCAAAACACUUAAAAAAAAAAAACAACCUUUUCCCUCCUUUUCCUCUAUCUUGUUUUCACUAAGCUGUGUGUUUUAACUUCUUAUUAUGGUGUCAAUAAUAAUAAUAGGCAAAGUGGAUUUAAGUAUUCAGUUGGCUUUUUCUUUUUCUUAUACCUAUUUGUAAGUUAUUUUUCCUUAAGGCAUGGGAUUAGAUCCCUAAAUUAAAACUUGCCUGGGAAUUCUAACUAAAUCUUUAAAAUAAAACAAAAAAAAGGAUAACACUGAUUUUUAUACAAAAUAUAAAACAUCGAAGGUAAACUUUGGAAUGAACACGGAAACUCAUUUCAAGUUUUUUCUUUAUGUUACAUGAAAUUAAGAAAUUAUUGAUGGUUUAAUAUUUUCUAUUUGCUAACUUUUCAAUAUGUACCACAAGAUCUGAAAGUAUAAAAUAUUCUAUUUGCACAGCACAUUUUAUAAUCAUUUCUAUGAAAUGUAUCCUAUUGUUAAAUCAAAUAAGCUAAUAAAUAAAAAGAGUUGAUUACCUCA